GAAUAUCUCCGAUCCCGUAGUACAAAUAAUUCCAACGGAAGAAUAUUAUGAAAAGAUAUUUGACGCACAUAUUGCCACUGGGCAUGGACGUCGAGACAAAAUUGUUCACGCCUUGAAAGAUAAAUAUAUGGUGCCAAUAUUUGCGGUCUCAAUAUUUUUAAAUUUGUGUAAAACAUGCCUUUCAAGAAAAAGUUUUCCAAAAAAAGGAAUAGUCGUAAAACCGUUGGUUUCUGACGACUUCAAUCGACGGGGACAAAUAGAUCUUGUGGACUUCCAAACAUCUCCAGAUCAAGAGUUUAAAUGGUUGUUGCAGUACCAGGAUCAUUUAACAAAAUUCAGUUUUUUGCGACCGUUAAAAAGCAAACAAGCAAAAGAAGUGGCUAUCGAGAUGCUUAAAAUUUUUUUAGAAGUUGGCUGUCCUCAUAUCCUACAAAGUGAUAAUGGACGUGAGUUCACAGCAUCUGUGCUGAAAGAAAUAGUCAGUUUGUGGCCUGCUUGUAAAAUAGUUAAUGGAAGACCAAGAUAUCCGCAAAGCCAAGGAAGUAUAGAACGUUCAAAUCAAGACGUAAAAAAUAUGAUUAGAGCAUGGAUGACAGAUAACAAAUCUACUAAUUGGUCCAUUGGGUGCUAUUUCGUUCAGUUCCAGAAAAAUUCAUCCUACCAUUCAACAAUUGCCCGAACUCCGUAUAAAGCCUUGUUUGGCGAGGAUCCAAAACUCGGACUCUCAUCCACCUACUUAUCUAAAAACAUAAUAUCCAAAUUAGAAAAUGAAGAAGAUCUAGAAAAAUUGCUUGAAGAGAUUAAUAACAGCAAAGAACAAAAUUCAGAUCAAGAGGAUAAAGUGGAAAACGUAAAUACAAUAAAUAUUACAAAUGUUGACACUCUGAAUAUUGAACAAGAAGAAAUAAAAACAAGUCAUGAAAUAAUAAUAAAAGAACAAAUUAACAUUGCAAACGAUCCCGAACUACUUCCCGCUUUACAUGCAAAUUCACCUGUGGUUACGGAUGCUAUUAUUGAUGUACCAGAUAAUAAGCAGGACAAUAAUAUAAUAUCUUUACACAGCACAAAUAGCAACGAUUCGGAAAAACAAGGAAAACCAAAUGAAAAUAAUAAUAUGUACAAAGAAAUCAUCACCAUAGAAAAAACCACCGCACCAAGCAUACUGCCUUUUGUAGGUGAUAUUGGUGUAAUUGAAGAACCAAAUUAUGUUAUGUGUCACGUAUGCAACGAAGAAUCAUCUGGAGCUCAUAUAUGUACAGAUUGCAAAAAAAAUGUUCACGCCAUAUGUGGAGUUGUGCCUGAGGAAAUGGAGGGCUAUGGGUCGCAAUUGCUUUGCAAUUUAUGUGUGAAUGAACGUAAAAUCGUUCAAGAAAGAACAGAAUCACACAUAAAUUUAAAAAGAGCGGCAGAUAAAAUGUUAUCUACGUCAUCUAAGAAAUUUAAAGAUAUCAGUGCUGGUUCAACUGUAUUAGUUGAAGUCCCAAAAGUUGACAGGGGACCUUUGGACAAUAAAAACCUGGUUGGAAAGGUUUUAAUGAAAAAGAACGAAUUAUAUCAAGUUGGUACUGCGUUUGGCAUAAUCAAAGAUUGGAUACCUCGAAAUGCUAUUCUUUCCUCUCCAAAUGCAGAGCCACGCAGUGACAUUCCAGAGGUGAUAUUGCCGUUAAGAACAAUAGCAUCGAUGUCUUCACCAUUUGGCGGGCAAGGCAUGAAGCAAUGCAAUUGUAAAAAAAUAAAAAAUGGACAAUGCCUUUCUAAUAGGUGCAAUUGCAAAAAAGCCAAUGUUCUUUGCAACUCUCGGUGCCACAGCUCUUUGACGUGCAACAAUAAGUGAUUUUUUUUAAACUUAUUAAUACAUUUAAAAUGUUUUUUCUAAGACUCAAUUUUGUAACUUUAUUUUUAUUAUUGAGUGUGAUCGUUUUCUUAUAACUUUUGAAUUUUAAUUUGUGUUAGAGGACAAAAUGAUUGAUUUUUUA